AUGAACUACACUCUUGAACCCCAACCACAAAACCCAUACGUGCUUGCUACUGAAAAAUACUCAGUUACUCUUCAGUUGUCUCCAUCGGAAAUUCAAACCGUUCGUACAACAUGGGCCCAGAUGUUACAAGAUAUCAACUACGCUCCAGCUCCAGCUGCCAAUAACGACUCAGACAAGAAAGCUCCGAAACAACAGCCUCGUUCCCGUUAUGCCGGUUCAUCGUCUUCACUUUUCUGUGACCAGCUUUACCGUAACUUAUUAGGUCUCGCUCCAGAUCUUGAAACUCUCUUCCCAUCAAUCAAACAUCUUGCCGCCUCAUUUGCCGGGGUCCUCCGAAUGACCGUCCUCAACUUGGAAGAUUUAAGAGCCCUUGAUGAUUAUCUUGAUGCCCUUGGAAAGCGUCAUUCUAGAAUCUUGGGGAUUGAACCAGUGCAAUUCGACCUUAUGGGCGCCGCAUUCAUCAAGACUUUUGCUGACAGAUUCGGCAGAGGGUUCACUUUGCAAGCCGAAGACGCUUGGGCUAAAGUUUACCUGUAUUUGGCUAACACCAUGUUGGCUAACGGUGCUGAAGAUACCCUUGCCUUGGGACACAUGGAUGAAGAACUCGAUUGGGGUAUGGACUUGGACAGACAGCUGUCUACCGUAUCAUCAUUAAUGGAAGAUGGUAAUGAAUCAUUCACCUCUUCCAGCUCGACAUCGCUCACUGAACCAUCUACAGUGUUGAAAUUCAUGAGUGUCGAUAAUUCUGACGCCGCUAGUAUUCGUUCCACCGCCAACUUCUUGCCAAAGGUUGGUAGAGGUGGAUCAAGAUUGACUUCUAGAAAAGCUUCUGCUAAAAACCUCAAGGAACAAGAUUCUAACAAUGUCGGAAUGAUGAGCAAAUCUCCAUCCAAAUUCUUCCCAGACAUGUCUUCGAUCGAUGGUGUUAGUACCAAGACUGGUGACAGUAGUACCGCUUCAGAAAGAGACAUUGUUAGUAAUUUGAGCAGUGGUAAGAAGAUGUUUCAAGGAUUUAAGAGUGCCAUGGGCUUGCCAAGCAAGAAAAGAUUGAGCACCGCUUAUUAA